AUGUCUUUAAGUUAUUUCACAGAGAGCGAAGCGCCGCGAGAUUUCAAAGUCUCAUCAACAGAGAGCGACGGACAUUAUAAAAAAUGUGUUUUGUGCUACACGGUGAAAAAGAACUUCUAUUGCGCAGAAUGUGUAAGAAAUGGAAACUUUGUACAUUCUUCGAUGCCUUACUCUGAUAGAUUUGCUGAAAAACAAGCUAAACUAAUGCGCCUUAAAAUUAACAGACAGCAUGUUUUAGACAGAUGUGAAAAGUUAUUAGCCCCAAAACUUAAAAAAGAUAUUCUCCUCACAGAAACAAAGCUGUCAAGAGACAAGCUGGACUUACUAAGGCUGGCAAUAGAUCAAAGAAGAAGUAUUAUAGACACAAAGCGAAAGGAACUAGCUGAUCUAACAAGUUAUAAUAAUGAAUUGAGGCUAAAACUUCCGAGAUAUCAGAAAAGAGUAUCCAGUUUAGGCAGACAUGCUGAAAAUCAACAAAUAGAACUACAAAAUAAAAUGAGUACUUAUAAUGACCAAGCACAAGCCCUUGCUGCAUUGAGGAGGUCAAGAAUACGUCAAUUCACCAAGUAUAUCUUUCCAGUUUAUUUGAGUUAUGAUUCUAGUGAUAGUAUAGAGGAUUUAGAGUUUGUGGGUGAAGAUGCAGAAGAAGAGCCUCCACGACGACCGCAACUGCACAUUGUUGCACCGUGGAUAGAUGCUGAUGGGGAUUGUUCACACAUACAAGCUUGGGUGGCGCAAAACAAGGAGGCUGCGCUUAGCGGCGAGCCGGGACGGAACCCGGCGCAGUGCGCAGGUGCGGCGCUGCUGCUGGCCGCGCAGCUGGCGGCGCUGCUCGCUUGGACGCUAGACCUGCGGACGCCGCAUGCCAUCUCGCUCAGGUGCACCUUCGAGUACAGCACGGCACGUGCGUGGGGCGGGCCGGUGCGGCGACUGCGGGCGUGUGUCGCCGCGCUCGCCGCGCGUGCAGGCCUGCGACGCGCCCACGCCGCGCCCGGCGCGCUCGCCGCGCUGCACGCGCUCGCGCUCGCCGCCGCCGCGGACCACCCGCGCCUCGGCAGAGUGGAGCCGACUUCGUGGGACUCGGAGUGGGAGGAGGCGUGGCUGAGCGAUACGCAGUUCGACUUUGACGAGCCGGAACCCCCCGAGCACCUCAGCUGGCCCGACGCCGAACAUCAGGAGGUUGCGCGCUGCAGCCCGCCCGCGGCCGCGCCGUCGCUCGUCACGUCGCUCGCCUCCAUGUGGCGCGGCUGGACCAAGUGA